AUGGCCUCGACCGCACCCCCAACCCUCCCACCAACAUCACAACUCCCUAACCUAGACGCCACUUCUCGCGCCCAAGUCCUCGACCUCCUCUUCGAGCCCAGCACCCAACUACACACCCUGUCCGUCACCGCAAUCGCCGAACAGCACUUCGCCAGCUACGCAGACCUGAUCGACUUCGUCGGCACCCAGUUCACCACCCUUCUGAACUCAAAUCUCGAAUCCGACCAGAAAUGGCUAAUCGACAUCCUGGGCGCGCAUCCCCGCCUAGGGGAAAAGAAGGUCGACAGCGCAAUGAGCCGAGCGGAGCAGGCGGCUAUGAAGGCUGCUGAGUCGGCAAAAGGCGCGGGCAGUGGAGGUGACGACGCGGAGAUUGCGAGCAAGCUGAAGGCGCUGAAUGAGGCGUAUGAGGAAGCAUUUCCGGGGCUGAAGUACGUCACAUUUGUGAAUGGGAGACCACGGCCUGUGGUCAUGGAGGAUAUGGAGCGGCGCAUUGCGCGAGGGGACGUGAGGCAGGAAAAGGUUGAUGCCAUCCAGGCUAUGUGUGGCAUUGCUAAGGACCGGGCUCGGAAACUAGGCGCAGCGUGA